CAUCGAUAUGAAAUAUUUCUAUGAAAUAGCUUUGUUCCUUAAUUUACGUAUGUUUUAUCAUUAUCUUCUCUUGCCAAUUAUUAUACUUUCUUGUUUUCUUGAGAAAACCGCGAAAGGGAUGAACAGCAUAAAACUCUCUCUUUCGUAGUCGGACAUAAGAUACCAGAAUGUUUUUUCAAUGAAUUACUCACAAUAAAGUAAUCGUCAUAGUCAAGAAACAAAUCACAGGACAAGGGGUUAAUUAUCCAUUCACGCCACUCAACGUCUUAUCACAAUAUCGAUUACUUCUCGAGAAAACCGCGAAGGGGAUGAACAGCAUAAAACUCUCUUUCGUAGUCGAACAUAAGAUACCAGAAUGUUCCUCCUUUCAAUAAAUUACUCAUAAUAAAGUAAUGAUCACAGUCGAGAAACAAAUCACAGGACAAAGAGUUAAUUAUCCAUUCACGCCAUUCAACGUCUUAUCACAAUAUCGAUUACUCCUCGUAAAACCGCGAAAGAGAUGAACAGCAUAAGUCUGUUCCUUUCUCCCUGUCCCGCUGUGAAGCGAGAGAAUCUCGCAACAGCAGAAUCCGAGGCCUAGCGUAUCCUCCUGGAGGAGUGGCAGGAAGAAAAGACAAACAUCGGCGAACCAAUCGACGGGAAAGGGUGGUCCGGUGGAUGUUUGUCUUGUUGCCGGUCCGGGGGGUACUGGAAGCACGUAGCCCAUGUACGGAGCCAAUCGUCGCGAAGGAUGACCGAAUCGCUGCCCGCUCGAGAUCACGAAGAUUUCUUUCGCCUAGAAGAGAGAGGCUGCCUCUCAGUUGAGAAUCAAGAAUCGCGAAAGCGAUAAUCCUUUUUAUCUCUGACUGCUUAGCCGAUCCUCUAAAUCUUCUCUCCAGCAAGCGAACUUGAGCAUUCCUGGCUAUUGGUCCUCGAAAGUUUGCUAAUAAGUCGAUUCGCAUAGUGGCUUAUGUUUAACACUAUUUCUUUCGAAAAGACACCUGAAGUUUUACCUUAAAAUUAUUUCCGAAGUUUGAUUUAACAAUUGAAUUUUGGAUAUUUCUUAAUAUAAUCGUUGGGAAAGUCGAAGAGUCGGAAACGAGUAAACUCGGGAAAGGAUUUUAAGAUUAGAAUUUCGAGAUUAAUAGAAAUUGUGUUAAAUUCGUCGAGCAAUUUCAAAUUCUUUCGGAUGUUUGGUUAACCGAUGAAGAGUCUUCGAUGUUGGACAGUCUUAGGGGAUACAAUGGCGACUAGAAAAGCGUGAGUGGUGUCGGUUUGUUCAAGAGGUCAGCAUGCUGCGUGGAAAGAGCAGAAGCAAAGCUGAGAACGAUGAGGACGAGGACGGCCAGGCGAAACAGAGGAGGCCGAAAUGCGCUCGUUGCCGCAAUCAUGGGAUGAUCUCGUGGCUCAGGGGACAUAAGAGGGAAUGCCGGUACCGGGACUGUCUUUGUCCGAAGUGUUCACUGAUCGCUGAGAGGCAGAGAGUGAUGGCAGCUCAGGUGGCAUUGAAGAGGCAGCAAGCAGCUGAAGACGCCAUUGCCUUGAAAAUGGCCAAGGUGGCGACUGGUCAGAAGCUUUGUAGACUGCCACCAGGGAAGAUCUUUGGUAUGGCUGUCACUGAACCCAGGCCGUUGACGGAUGCUGAGAAAAUGGACCAGCAGUCCUCGAAGGAAAGCCAACAGACUUUGGAGGAGAUAAAGAAGGAUGAUAAGGUCCAGCCUCAGGAGUCUCCUCCGGCAGUUGGUGAGAAUGUAACCAAGCUGAAGAGUCUAGUGUUCAAUGGCAAGUCGGAUGAGAUGAAAGAGAGCGGUGUGUCACAGGCUUCAGUCGAUACUUUGGCAAGAUUAUUCCCCAACACGAAGCUCUCUGUGCUGCAGUUGGUGUUGCAGAGGUGUGGGCAGGACCUGUUGAAAGCGAUAGAGUACUUUGCUAGUGACAGCCUUGGGGUUGGUUCGACUGCUUACACAUCAGCCUUUCGGCCACCAGGUCAAAGUAUCAGUGAAACCCGGCAGAGUGAGCAGCUCACUGGCUCCAUGCUUGCCCCUAUCUAUUCUAACUUGUCCAGAGGGCUCUACAGUGACAGCUACUGCUUGCUGAACAUCAUUCCAGAGCAGCUUCCUAAGAGCAUUAUGACGGAUGCAGCUACCUGCGCUGCAUUGCCCAUUAAGAAUGGACAGCACGAUCAAGAUGGUGUAGCACUGAAUGUUCAGUAUAACAAUUACUUCAAUGCUGGACUGCAGCAACAGAUCAGAGACCAUGUUUAUGCUCAGGUCACUGAACACCUACCGUCCAGAACAGGAUUUCUUCAUUUGCCACCUAUGCUACCUGGGAUGCCAGUCUGCAUGCAACCAAACUGCACUCAGUGCACCUACAAGUUUCCUUGAGGCAGUGACUAUUCAUUUGUGCAUUGGUCGUUUCGAGAAUUGUUGGAAUAGAUAUUGCAGAAGAACGAAUGUAAAGGAAACCAUGAUUCUUAUACAUUACAGAUUACCAAGAGAAAAGAACUAUUAGCAAUGUAGAAUUCCUUACAACCAAUGAUGUUGCAGCCAACAUAUUAUCCAACGAUCGCUGCCGAGGCCUUUAUUGAUUUGCAGUUACUGAAAUAUCAAGAAAAGAAUCUUUGGAAGAGUUUCAUUAAUUGUACUACAACCGUGCGGUGUUAGAAUCAGUGGUACACGAGGGGUGAACAGAGUUUAAUAAACAUUUUAAUGCUACCGCUAAAAUUAGAUUUGAAGAUGAACAUCCACUAGUUGUGCUGACAAGAUUAGGCACAAGAAAUCAGCCAGUAGCGUCAAGUUCCUAGAUCACGGCGGUUAGACUGUUAAGCGUUAUUGGCGUUAUCAUGUGUAAAAUUUCCACGUGGGUUUAACAAGUUCGCUGGGAAACUGAUAUCAUCAAGGGAAUUUCCGUGAUCGGCAGACCUUACUCUUCAAAGUUCAGCACAACAAGCUGGGAUAAGCGAAGCGUGCCCCAGGCACGCAUCACUUGCUCCGCUGACGGCCUUCCACUCUCUAUCGAUUGACCUUUGAUCGUCGAGCGUGAAAUAAAACUUGUUAGAAUAAUCCUCGAUGACCGUCAAACUGCUAGUAGUCCAUAACUCGUUUCCUUGCCCGGCCAUUUUUAUUUCUGUGAGGCGGAAAGGGUUAAAGAGUUUGAGUAUACACGCUGCAUCCCACGGAAAUUAUCGAUUCCGCCAAUACAUAAAAAUCCUUUGACGUUCUUUCAUAGUAAACAAAACUGUACAACGAAAAUUUUCAACAAAUCUCAUCGAUUCCGUCUCAAUAUAUACUUAACAAUACCGGAACGAUAUUGAACUUUCAGCCUGAAGCUUCAGGCACAUAAAUAGUCCGGUUAUAUUUACACGUAGACGAAUGCUUAUGCGAGCUUGUAUUUUUAUAGUCCGAUUUUUCUGGAAACAUAGGGUUCCUCUAUUAAGGAUUCCAGUGUGCUGAAAAUAGCGUAACAUAUAUCUUCUCUUAAAUGAUGUAUGGACUUUGCGAUUCUCUGUUUUUUUAUGCAGUCUUGGACACUGUUUAUGUAUAAACAUCUGCAAUCUAUUUAUAUGUUAUUUACUGCAGGUUGAUAAAUAACGCUGAUCUCAAGGAUAUCGUUCCUUAAGAGAGAUAUCUCCUUCGGAAGGAGUUCCACUUGGUGGAAAAGUGGUGGAAAAGUUUCAUGGAAGCUAUCACAGUCCCUGAAUUUAAUAGGGCGUAUGUAAUCGAGUUAGGAAGAUUCAAUUGUCUGUAUAAACACUGGGAGGAUGUGGUCGGGCAACUGUUGAUGCCCCGGGGUGGUUUACUUUGGUCAGGGAAAACUCGGUUCCCAUCCAGCCCCUUGGGGAUUCCGCAAUCUGUCGUGCUUCGAAUCGCGAGGAACUUAACACCGUGCCAAGAAAUCUAAUCCACUCGUUGAAAUGAGAGUUGUAUUUAUUUCUUUUCUUUUUUAUUCCUUCGUGGAGGGUGCGCUGUUCGCAGGGGGUACGAAAUAAGGAAACGCAUCGAAUUACAUGAAUUAGUCGUUGAUUUUUAUUUGGUUCUUUAAUAAACGCUCCACGAAAUGUGAAUAACAAUUGUUUUAUUUUGGUACGUAUGCGAUACGAAUAUACCAAAGAUUAUUGCAGUUACAUCCCUACGUCAUCAUGUUUACCGUUAAAAUAAUCAUUGGUUCUCUCAACAAUGAGUGCAUAUCAAUUCUGCGCUAAAAUAAACAUUUAAGAGUCAUAUUAUGCUACAUAAACGACGAAUCAAAAUAUUGCGUAGAAACGAAUCAAAAAAAUUAAUGAUGUUGUACACGUGAACAGAGUGUGGGUGUGUCUAUGUAUGAAUACGCAGGCAACGGGCCUCGCUUUUUUUUUCUCGCGAUAGGUCACACAUAAGACAUUUUCGUGUUCUAUAAAUUUUAUGUACACAGGCGUUAGACUCUGAUCAUUCGUAUGUACAAAUAUUUGUUGUCUGGAAGCAGACACGUUGCUUCCGGAAGUCCUUCCCGUUGGUCUCGACGAAAUUCGAUUCAAAAUCGAAGGUGUGGUUUGUUCUUGAUCAUAUGCCUGUAAGAAUUUUUAUUUAAACGAUUAGAAAUAUUUAAUGUGUUAUAUAUAAAAGAAUGUGGAGAGUAACACGAUACAUGACAUGGUAUAUGAACCACUUUAAGCAAUGUAUUGAUUUCAUCUAUCCAUACUUACUUGUCUAGAUGUUCCCAGAAUAUCAUCAAUGCAGCCCUAUCCAAAUGCCUUUUCGUCCUACUCAAUUCGAUCA